CAAAAAUAAUUUAAAGAUGGCUAGAGGAUAAGAAGUUAAAGUCUUGCCUGAAGAGAAAGAUGCCUUAGAAAAAGUAAGGAAAGCUGUAUAAAUGCUAAUUGCAAAUGGGAGCAUUGAUUUUAUUGUCAUUUUAAAAUUGAUUCAAUAGAAAAAGGUUUUCAUUAAUUAAAUUGCAACCGAGUUAUAUAAGUAUUGCAAUGUGAUCUAUUUAAAGUUUAACUAAAAUAUAUUUAAAAGAGAAAAAUGUGGUCCAAUUGAUUUUCUUAAUUGAUUUCAUUUGUAAAAGUGAUUUAAAAGAUUUCAAAAUUGCCAUUAGAUCAUACAUAGUGAAAUUAUUCUUAAAAAUAUAUAAGAAUUAAAAAGAGUUUGGAUGUGAUCUAUUAAAAUUGAAAACUGUAUUUAAAAGUUGGGUAUUCAUUUUCCUUUAAAAUAUAGUUUCAUAUCUUUCCAUUACCUACAUUGAUUGAAAUCAGUAAUAAAGUACAAUAAGAAUUAAAAGAAGAUUUAGAUUAAUUGCCUCAUGAAAAAUUAGAGGAGCUAAAAAAGUUUUAUAAAAGUUUAAAUGUAACAGGAUAUGAAUAAUUCUUAAAUGUAAUUUAUAUUAAUUACAUUAUUAGGGAACCUACAAGAGACCAGCAGGAGUUAAACGUCCAAUGGAAGAUUAAGUAGUUAAAAAGAUUAAACCUGAAUAAAAAAAUUAAUAAAGUUAAAGAGUAAAUGUAGCUGUUUAAUAAUAAUAAAAUUUUGUAUAAUAACAAUCAAUUCCUCAACCUUAAAUAUAAUCCUUAUCUAAUCAUUAAUAAGUUCAUACUUAUUCAUAAGCUAUUCAAAAUAUUCAUUAAUAGAAUAAUUAAACCUCUGCUUCUUAAUAAUUUAGAAAUCUCUAACCUUCUCAGAUGGUUCCUUGCAAUCAUUAUGCACCCACAAAUUCUCUAUCAACCAAUUAUCCAUACUUGAACCCUUAUUAUUAAAAUUAGUUUUCUUAAAUUCCUUAAGUGACAAAUUUGAAUCAUAACCUUCCUCAACCUUCACAAUAACAAGUAUAACCUCAAUCACAUCGAUAACCCUAAUAAUAAACACCAUAAAAUCCUAAUACUAUGAAUUAUACUUAAUAAUAAUAAAACAUUUUAAAUACUUAACCAUAGCCUCAAAAAUAAACCAAUAAUCAAUAUUAAUAACAACAAUAAUAAUAAUAACAAUAAUAAUAAUAAUAACAAUAAUAAUAAUAAUAAUAAUAAUAAUAAUAACAAUAAUAAUAAUAAUAAUAACAAUAAUAAUAAUAAUAAUAAUAAUAACAAUAAUAAUAACAAUAAUAAUAACAAUAAUAAUAACAAUAAUAAUAACAAUAAUAAUAGUAUUAAUAAUAACAAUAAUUGAAUAAUUAAAAAUAAGUUGUUAUUCCUAUAGACCCCAAUUAAACCACAACAGUUUUCGGUUCUCUUUUUUAGUAUUUCUCAGAUUAACUUUAAAUUAAGCAUGAUUUAGUAAACAAGGAUGCUGUUAAGGAAUUUUUAAAGUAAUUGAAUCAAAUGAUAUGUGAAUAGAAAAUAAAUCCCAUCUUCAGAGUUACUAUCAAAUCCUAAUCGUUAUGGAACUUUAAUAAAAUGUCCAACUUGUUUUAUGAGAUUUAGAAAUUAAAGUGCUUACAUUUAACAUUUGAAUAAUCAUGCAAGUUAUCAAUUAGAAAAAUUAAGAGAAGAUUAGAAAAAAGAAGUUUAAAUGAGCUGUUCUAGUGAAGUAAAUUUAUUUUUUAUUUAUAGGAAUGGAUGUCAUCAACAUAAACUAUUAAAGAAAAUAAAAAUUAAGAAAAAAGUUAUUCAAUAGAUCUAGAUAAAUUGAAUAACUAAAAUUGUGCAUUUUGCUUAGAAAAAUUUUAGGGUCGUUGGGAUUCAAAAAAUUGUAAAUGGAUUUAUGAAAAUGUCAGAAAUUACACCCUAGAAUCAAAUGAUUUUGAUGAUCCUUAGUUAAUUUCAAUUCAUUAAAAAUGUAAUGAAGUUUUAAAUGAAAUAAACGCUUGA